UGGUGCAGUUGAGCUUGUGUAGCAGGGAGGGGGCUGAUUACUGGAGGGCUGACCUCCCUCCCUCCCCUCCCCUCCCCUCAAUCCUUCCCUCCCUCUGCAUUUCUGACAUUCCAGCAGAUGCGAGUGCAGUCACUGGCCGCAGGUUAAACCAUGGUGAUCAAAGUCUUCAUCGCCUCUUCCUCCGGCUCCAAAUCGAUCAAGAAGCAACAACAGGAGGUGGUCGACUAUCUCCAGGCCAACAAGAUCGACUUUGAACGAUGCGACAUCGCCGUCAACGACGGCAACAGGAUGUUCAUGAGGGAGAAUGUUCCGGAGAAGUGCCGGCCUGUGAGUGGGGUCCCACUCCCACCCCAGAUCUUCAACAACGACCACUACUGUGGGAACUUUGAGGCAUUUUUCGACGCCCGAGAGAACAACGCUGUCUACGCAUUCCUGGGACUGACGGCUCCACCCGGUUCAAAGGAGGCAGAAGCGCUUGCAAAACGGGAUGUAUGAAGCUCAGUCUCCUGCACUCCAAAGUUAUUAAAGAAAAACAGACCAUCCGAUAUACUUUGCCACUGAGAAGAAUUCCAGAGAGGCUGUCUGUCUGUGGAUGGCCCUCUCAGUUAGUUACAAUAUCCCAGUUCUCUUCCUUAAUAACCCGCAACUGGGCGAACACAAACCACCAAGACAUGUUCAUGAAUAUUUUUCAUUGCCUUAUUUUUCUACCUGGUCAUCCGAUCUUAUUUAUGAGGGCGGGCCAGCUGUUACCAGAAAGGUAAUGGAUUGGAUAAAAUUCUUAACCCAGUUUUUGUUUCUGACUUUCUGCUCAGUUUGAUAUUCUUCACACUUCAAUCUCGUCACAAUGAAGAGUUUGUGCCUCAGUCUUCAUGCUGACUCAUCGCACUGCGUUGCUGUUCCGUCAACGUCUGAGUCAAUUUUAUUCGUCACAUGCAUCCGAAGGUGCAGUGAAAUGAAUUUGCCAGCAGCGAUACACUUAAAAAGAACACACACAGUACACAAUAGAAUUUAACACAAACAUCUACCACAGCAUUCUUCACUGUGGGGGAAGGCAACAAAGUUCAGCCAGGCUUCCUCCUUUGGUCAUCCGUGGUCGGGGGCAUAAACCCUCCGUAGUCGCCGCUACGGACGGCCCGAUGUACAGGCCCUCUCGUCGGGAUGGUCGAAACUCUGACGUCUGGACGGUCAAACACACUCCGCGGCUUGGAGUGCCCGAAUCGGCACUUUCCUACCGGAGACCGCGGCUUCAGGAUGUUAUAGGCUGCGGGCCGGCAAUCGGAGCUCUUCUCCGGCGAUCAUAGUCUUAAUCAUCGUCUGUCAAAAAUAUUGAUCACAUUUUAAAGGCGCUCGUUGCAUUCCUUUAUCUAGUCCAGAAUACAGUCUGAACCAAAGAAAAAAACCCACUCAUUUUAUCAUGACCAAGAUGCCCCAUCUACACUGGUCCCACCUGUCCGCGUGUGGCCCAUAUGCAUUUAAACCAGGAGUUGUCAACUUUUUUUGCCCCGUUUUCCCCUGGCAGCUUUAAUAGCACAUUACAAUGUUAUUUCACUUAUUUAUGAACAAUUAAUGAUGAACAGAUACUGGUAUACUAGAACCAAACACAGUCAGUCAAUGAGAAAAACUAUGCACAAAUCCAGCAUCACUAAAUUUACGAAAUUUACCCCAGGCUGGGAACCCUUGCUGUAAACCUUUCCUAUCAAUGUACAUGUCUAAAUGCCUAUUAAUGGCCCUUUAUUGUUCUUUUACCUGCUUCAACUACCUCCUCUGGCAGCUCGUUCCACGCACCCACCACCUUUUGUGUGAAAAAGUUGCCCCUCAGGUUCCUAUUAAAUCUUUCCCCUCUCACCUUAAACCCUAUGCCCCCUGGUUCUUGAUUCCCCUACUCUGGGUGAAAGACUGUGUGCAAUAAUUCCAUCUAUGUUGUUCUGUUCAUUACUUAUACAGUUCCAUUCCUCUCAACACCAUUCUCCUGCCUUCUCCCCGCAACCUCUGACACCCUGAAGAAUCUGCCAAUCUCUUUAAAAGACACCCACUGACUUGGCCUCCACCACAGUCUGUGCCAAUGAAUUCCACAGAUUCACAACCUUAUGACUGAAGGAAUUCCUCCUCAUCUCCAAUCCUAAAGGUUCAUAAGUUCUAGGAGCAGAAUUAGGCCAUUCGGCCCAUCAAGUCUACUCCGCCAGUCAAUCAUGGCUGAUCUAUCUUUCCCUCUCAACCCCAUUCUCCUGCCUUCUCCCCAUAACCCCUGACACCCGCACUAAUCAAGGAUCUAUCAAUCUCCUUCUAAAAAAUACCCAUUGACUUGGCCUCCACAGCCGUCUGUGGCAAUGAAUUCCACAGAUUCACCACCCUCUGACUAGAGAAAUUUCUCAUCCCCAUCCUAAAGGAACGUCCUUUAAUUCUGAGGCCGUGACCUCUGGCCCUGGACUUUCACCCUCUGCACAUCCACCACUCUAUCUUGCAACGUGUUGGAUUCUAGACCAAUCUCCAGGGAAAUAAAUCUUGUAAAGUCAAUCAUUGUGUCUGAUUUUCGUAUUUACUGUGUUACAAUCGUGUACGCUUAUGAAAAUUAAAAAUAAAUAUUACAUUUGAUGCAGA